AUGGCGUCUGAUGAAAUGAUUGAGUUGACGGGAGAUAAGGGUACGGGUGGAAGAGGAUUAACACAGGAUGAGGUGUAUGGAAAUAUAUUUGUGUAUAAUUUUGCUGGACAUGAUACCAUGGCCAUCACGAUGAAUUGGGCUCUGUAUCUCCUUGCUGCCAAUCCGGGUGUUCAGGAAUGGUUACGCGAGGAGAUACGUACAGUGGUUAUCAAUGAUGAUACUCAAUCGAAAUAUCAAGAGUAUUAUCCGAAAUUGAAUCGUUGUCUAGCUGUUUUGCUCGAAACUCUUCGGCUCUUAAACCCCCUAAUAGGAAUCGCUAAAUCAACAGGUGUGGAACCACAGCCUCUGACACUCAAUGGAAAAACCGUCGUCAUCCCAUCAAAUACGCGCGUGAUACCUAAUAUCAACGCAAUGCACUCGCAUCCGAAAUAUUGGGGUUCUGAUGCACUUAUCUGGCGUCCUAAUCGAUGGAUUCUCAGUAAGAAAUCCGACUCCGAAACUCGAACCCAAGAGGAAAAUCUUCCAAAUGAUUCAAUAAAUCCCAAUUCAACUCCAGAAGAAGAAUUUAUCUUCUCGCCACAGAAAGGGACGUAUGUUCCUUGGUCAGAAGGAGCACGCGCGUGUCCGGGGAAGAAAUUCGGUCAGGUGGAAUUUGUGGCGACGAUGGUUUCGUUGUUUAAAAAGCAUCGCAUCGAGGUGGUUCCUGGAAAGGGAGAGAGUAUUGAAGAGGCAAGGAAAAGGGCGGAGAAGAGUGUUUGGGAUAGUGAGAUCGUCUUGUUGUUACAGAUGAAGAAACCGGAAUUGGUGGGUGUGAAAUGGGUGGAGGUUGAGUAA